AUGUAUGUGACCCUAACUACUCGCCCAGACCUAUCGGCAGCAGUUAAUUAUUAUAGUCAGUUUCAGUCUAGUCCGACAGAUGUGCAUUGGACACACCUAAAGCGGAUUUUGCGUUACGUUAAGGGAACACUUGACUUCGGACUUGAGUACACUGCGGACGAUGAUGCGAAUCUGAUGGAAGCCUUUUGUGACGCUGAUUGGGCCAACGAUAUCAGUGACAGACGGUCUAUUACGGGAUAUCUCUUCAAGGUGUUCAACUGCACAGUAAUUUGGACAACACGUAAACAGCGUGCAGUUUCCUUGUCAUCCACCGAGGCGGAAUUGUGUGCUCUUUGUGAAGCGACCUGCGAUGGAGUAUGGUUGACACGUUUACUCGAAGAUGUCGGGUACUAUAGCGAUGAGCCGGUAUUGUAUCAUGAAGAUAACCAGUCCACCAUACGAAUAAUUCAAGAACCGCGGGAUCGUAGCAGACUCAAACAUAUUGAUGUAAAGGAUUGCUUCAUAAGAAAUUUGGUUAAGAAGAAGAGCAUAGCGCUGAAAUACACACCAACAAAAAUGCAGUAA